GUAUAUGAUAGCCAGUUGCAAUCUUAUUCCCUGUGUUCGAUAUCCGGUACUGACCUUUAGCUAUACUAGAUCUACCCUGUAUGCUUGCAGGUAUUUUUAGUGCUAAUAAAUAGUGCAUCAGAGAGGCAACAAGAUACCAGGUUUUACAAACCAGUAAGAAUGGCGGCAGUGGGAUGCCUAUGGAGGGAAUCGGUGCUGGACUCGCCGUCUCCGGACAGCAGGGUCACUCCGGCGGCUCUCGGGGUAGUAAUCGAGGCGGCGGGAAUUGGCGACGAAACAACAACCAACGCGACGAUGAAGACAAAUCGAAGCUUGUGUGCUCCUAUUGCAAAAAGAAAAAGCACACGAAAGAAUCAUGCUUUGAGUUGAUUGGCUACCCCGACUGGUGGGAAGAGAAACAUGAGAAGCCGCCGCCGCCGCCGCCACCACCUCGAACUCCCUGGAACCACGGUGGAGGACACGCAGCUGCGGUGACUGGAGAAGUCCGAAAAGGAGACCAAAACGCAGCCUCCGACAAAAGCCGAGAGGUCGCAACAAGCCCAGCGGUCAACAAAACUAGGGCUGCAAACCUCGUCACCGGUGGGAGCGGUAGUAUCGUCGGCGAUUGGAGUGAGGAACAAAUGGUGGAAGAAGCGGCGUCGAGCCUUACGGUUUCAGGAUAUUCGAACCGGAGAAAUAAUUGGAUGUGGCACUGAAUGCGAUGGGCUUUAUUACGUGGAUGAGAUAGCUCAAAAAGGAACUGCCAUGUUAACUCACGGGUCAGCUGACCGGAAAGCUUGGCUUUGGCAUCGACGCUUGGGUCAUCCCUCUAUCGGUUACUUAAAAUUGUUAUUUCCUUGUAUUGUUCCUAAGCAUGACAUGCAUUGUGAAACUUGUUUUUUAUCCAAAAGUCAUCGAAACUCUUACCCUUUGAAUAAUACUCGUGUUGAAUCCUUAUUUGCCUUGGUACAUUCCGAUGUUUGGGGGCCCGCACCAGUUAUUGGCAAUGUCUUCGAUACUGUCUAGUUUUUGUAGAUGACUGCACCCGCAUGACUUGGGUAUAUUUCAUGAAACAUAAAUCAGAAGUCUUUUCGCA